AUGCCCAAAGCAAUGAAUCCUAAAGAACUUGCAAGAGCGGGAAGAAGGCAUAACCCUCUCGAAGAUGAUUUAACGGCCAGUGGACCACUUAAAACGAAAUCCGGAAAGAGAAAGUCGAAAAAUGAGGAUGAGGGAGAAAAAUUCGUGGAUACGAAAUCAUCGCGGAGAAUUUUAAAGAUAGGACAAGAGCUUGCCGAUGAAGAUGAAGCCGAAAAUCAAUCAGCAAAACCAAACGCAGCCUUCGAUUUUGAUUCGAGGUUUGAGGAUGAGGAGGAUGAGCCAGAAUUUGACGACGAGGAUGGAGAAGAAUGGGGAGAUGACGAUGAGGUUCCAGAACUAGUCGAAUUGGCACCCGAAGAUCGCGAUACGUUUGGGAAAUUCUUCCCGGCUGAGGAUGAUCCAUCGCAGAUGCUAAAGGAAAGUUGGGGAGGGGCGGAUGAAGGAGAUCAGGAGGAACAAGGUACAGAUUUGACGGCAUUGAUUUUGGAGAGAAUCGCUCAAUUUGAAGCGAAACAUUCGGGAGAACCUGGAGCAGGUCCCGCUGGACCCCAAGAUGACGGAUUUUUCGUUCACCCUAAGGUUUUGGAAGUUUAUACAAAAAUUGGUCUGAUAUUAUCACGAUAUAAAUCAGGGAAAUUACCGAAACCAUUCAAGAUCUUACCUACAGUACCAAAUUGGGAACAAAUCCUCGAAAUUACCAGACCAGACAAGUGGACACCAAAUGCUUGCUACGAAGCAACAAGAAUAUUCGUUUCAAGAACACCGUUUAUCGCACAAAGAUUCGUGGAAAUGGUCCUACUCGAAAAGGUCAGAGAUGAUAUUCAUGAGACCAAUCACCUAAAUGUCCAUCUUUUCAAGGCUUUGAAGAAGGCUCUUUACAAACCAGCGGCAUUCUUUAAAGGAUUCCUCUUCCCCUUAAUCGGUAGUGGUACAUGCACUCUACGAGAAGCAAGAAUUAUAUCAGGUGUUCUUGUGCGAGUUUCCAUUCCAGUUCUACAUUCUGCCGCUGCCAUCAAAGGACUUUGCGACAUUGCAGCUCAAGAAUCAUCAGCCGGAACUGAAGGUGGUGGAGCUACGAACAUCUUCAUCAGGGCUUUACUUGAUAAAAAAUACGCCCUUCCAUACCAAGUGGUUGAUGCGUUGGUUUUCCACUUCUUACGAUUCCGAAGUGUCGACCCGGCUAGUGUUCGACCUGAAGAUGUUGGAUCUGGGAUGGAAGGUUUGACCAAUUCGAAAGAUGCGAAAUUGCCAGUCAUCUGGCAUCAAUGUCUCCUAUCAUUCGCACAGAGAUAUAGAAAUGAUAUUACAGAAGAUCAGAGAGAGUCGCUGUUAGAUUUGAUCAACGCAAAGGGCCAUUCACAAAUUGGUCCUGAAGUGAGGAGAGAAUUGCUUGCGGGACGUGGCCGUGGCGUAGUCGUUGAAGCCGAGGGACCAACCGUGGACGGUGAUGAUACGAUGAUGAUAGAUUAA